AUCACGCAAGACGGCUCGAGAGCGCUAUCAGGGCGGACAGGCGGACGAGAGGAUCAUCGAACCCGCACACCAGACCGGCUGCGUCUGUCAAAGGAGGAAGUUCAGUUCAAUACGAGAAGAGAGGCGCCGCCACAAGCAGCUUUUAAUCCCACUGCGUCGCUGAAGGACUCCCACCCGGCUCUGUCCGUCCGUCGGUCCGUCGAGGGUCCUGCUGUCCUCCCAGUCCCCCAAACAUGACGCGCCUCCCGCUGCUCUGGGCCGUGUGGGGAGCAGCACUCGUCUCGGCCGUCCGGCCACGGACCUCUUUCCUGCUGGACUCGUCAGACAGAGGUCUGGUUCACUUCAGCCAACCGAACGUCCACAACACCACCACCCUGUUGCUAAGCGACGAUGGCUCAACCCUCUACGUGGGGGCACGGAAUAACAUCCUCUCUUUGGACGUCAGCGAUCCUGAGGUCAUCACCCUGAAGGAGGAGACGAGGUGGUCACCAUCUCGGGAGGACAUUGAGGCAUGUUCGAAAAAGCAGAAGAGUGCGGAGGUCGACUGUCCCAACUUCAUCCGCGUGCUGCAGCCCAUGAACUCCACCCACCUCUACGCCUGUGGCAGCUACGCCUACAACCCCCAUGAUGCACUGCUGGACAUUCAGACCCUCACCCUGACCUCCGUCUCCGUUGGUGCCAAGGGCCGCUGCCCCUUCAACCCCUUCGAGAGGAACACGGCCAUCACCCUCGACGGGGAGCUGUUCACCGCCACCACAGAGGACUUCAGGGGCGGUCGGCCCAGUAUCUCUCGUCACUUCAGCCGAGACGGAGGCAAAGCCGUCCUUCUGGAGACCUCCAACUACGUUUUGGACGAGCCCACAUUUGUCAGUUCUGCUUUCGACCAGAAGGAGGGGAAGCUCUACUUCUUCUUCUCGGAGGUCCUGAAGGAGUUCAAUUACAUGCUGGAGCACAGGGGAGCCAGGCUGGCUCAGGUCUGCAAGGACGACGUUGGAGGUCAGAGAACCCUCCAGAGGAAGUGGACGUCCUUCGCCAAGUCCCUGCUGCUGUGCCAGCCUCCCAAGCAGCAGCCCUUUGACCUGCUGCAGGACAUGUUCACCCUCCAGCCAGCAGGGGGAGACUCCUCCAGAGAGACGCUGUUCUACGGCGUCUUCACCAGCCAGUGGUCCCGGGGCUCAGAGGCGUCUGCAGUGUGUGGGUUCAAGAUAGAGGACAUCAGGAAGGUGUUUUCAGGCGACUACAGGACCUUCAACCCAGACAAGCACCACUGGAGCACCUCAGGAACCCGGAGGAACGUCCAGGGACAGUGCGGCCUGUGGAACGCCAGCGACGUGGUCCUGGAGGAGGUGAAGAAGAGCUUCCUGAGCCACGGCAGCGUGCAGGCGGCCCCGCUCCUGACCUCCACGGGGCCCCACGCCGCGGCCUACAGUCGGCUGGUCGCCACGACGACCCUGUCGGCCAAUCAGAAGGAGUACACCGUCCUGCUCCUGCUGACAGAGACGGGGUUUCUCCACAAGGUGGUGCUGUUGGACGGGGGUCCACGCGUCAUCGAGGAGGUCCAGGUCUUCAGAGAACCUCAGCUGGUCAAGAGCCUGUUAGUGUCCCCCUCCAAGGGGGUGGUGUACGUGGGCUGGUCCGGGGGCGUGACGGCGGUUCCCCUGGCCAGCUGCUCCAGCUACCAGAGCUGUGGCCAGUGCGUCCUGGCCCAGGACCCCUUCUGCAGCUGGGACCCGGACCGGGUGGCCUGCACCCGGCUCCACGCAGCGGGAGCGGCGCAGGAUGUAGAGAACGGGAACGCUAUGAGAGAGUGUGCUGGCUCCUCCUUUACUCCUAACACAGAGGCAGUGCCGGCCACUCUGAACGAGGUCCUGACCCUCCCGUGCUCCCAGCCUUCGGCCCUGGCCUCCCUGAACUGGGCCGGCGACGGGCUCACCCUGGCCCCCAAGCUCUUCCUGCAUCGCCCCGACGGCAGCCUGAGCUUCGUGGUACGGGCGGACACCCUCGGGGUCUACACCUGCACCUCCCACGAGGCAGGGUACCACGAGGUCCAGGUGGUCUACACCGUCUCCGAGAAAACCCCGCCCGCGGCCUCCGUCCCCCCUCACGCCCCCCCUCACGCCCCCACAAGCAGCACCUUCCGGGAAGGGUCCAGGAUCGACAACGACCUCAUACUGCAGGAUUACAUUCGGGAGAACAACGAGAAUGAGAAAUCCCUUCCUGAAGAGCGCUUGCCGGCGGAGCCCACGGCGGUCUUCAGCACCCAGGAGGACUGGCCGACGGGGCCCACGACGGGCUACAGCCACCCGAAGGGGUCCGACGGGAGGGUGAAGGAGCCGGGCCGGAGCUACUACACUGAGCUGGUGGUGGUGUCCCUGCUGAUGGCGCUGUGUGCCAGCGUGGUGCUGCUGGGCCUGGCCCACUGCUGGCGCCAGAACCACCCGGGCGUCAUCCCCAAGCCCCAGGCGGGACCCGGGGCCGAGACCCCGGGGAACUGUGAGGACCAGGAGGACUCACUGGAACUGGAGUACCCGGAAAAGCACGGCAUUCUGGAGCACGAAGGUCUUGCGCCCAAGGUGACGGUCCAGGCCUAAGGGGAGGUGCCAGAGGCAGAUCAAAGCUCUCCCUGGAGCCAUAUUUUGCUCAAUGUAGUCGUUUCUACUGCAUCAUGGGAGCUAUAACAAUUCAGACUCUAUAGUCUCUUUAAGGGAGGACUGGUUACCGUGAACACGUUUGUUUAUUUGGAGGUCAUUCCAAUUGCAUCAUGGGUACUGUGUCGGUUUGAGGGGUCACUCACAAAGGGAGGCCAAUUCUGGACUACGAAAGGGGGAGGGAUUUACAACAAAGUAAAAAUAGGAGAUUGGAUGGACUUGGCUUCGAUUCUUCCUCUUGAUGAAAUAAUCAUGGGGGAGAAACAAAAGUAUCGCUAAGCUGAAGGAAGGCUAACCUGCUAACCUGAAGGAGGGCUAACCCGCUAACCAAAAGGACCGAUAGAUAACAGGGAUACAACUUUAUUAAUCCCCCGGAGCGGAAAUUUCUUUGUUACAACAGCAGUGGAAGACAGAGGAUACAAUCCAAUGAAAAAUACAAAAUAUUGCAAAGGAAAGGAAAUAUAAAUGCUAAAAUAAAUGCUAAAGUAAGGACAAAAAAGUACGAAUUUUGUCCGUCUGGUUGAAUGGAUAACAGUGUUAUAACGGUGGCCUUACUCUGACGUCCACCAUAGCUCCCCUGCUACAUACCCUGCUACGUAGCGCCUUAAAGAGGCCAGGGUUGGACCCUGCACUCUGCUAGACCACACCGAGCUGAACACGCUAACCCUUGCUAUAGCAAUGGCUAGCCGCAACGGCGUUAGCAGCUCGACCGCUAGCCGUUGGCGAAUAAAUGGCUUGCAUUUCGCAUAGCAACAGCUACCGGUAAGCAUGCAAAGGAGCGGAAAAUUAGCACAGCGAUUAGCACAGCAACGGCUAGCAGUGAGCAUAGCGGAGGCUUAGCUUUGUACGCAGGCUGCUUUCAGUAUUUUAGUUAGCUUUGAGUGAUGUGCCGAUGUUGAACCUCAGUCUCCAUGGAGACCACGUGGAGAUUGAGGAGUCUAUUGAUCCGGAUCAAUACAGAAUGUAACAUUUUAUUUGUCCAUAUUCAAGCUGUGAAGUUCAAUAACUGUGUUUCUCUUCAUAAUUCUCCUUACUUUUGAUGUGCGCUAUUUGUUAAAAUAUUUUGAAUAAAUUGUUCAUUUAAAGUAUAA